CAGAGAACCAACUGCUAGACGUUUGGGACUACACCAUGGCUCCGAAGCCCCCUGCCGGCACCUCCUCGAGAGCGUGGGACGGGGUGAAUCCGUCGCUCUCAGAAUGGGUGCUUGAAGCCGUCUCGUCGAUGGGUUUCGCACGGAUGACUCCGGUCCAGGCCUCAGCGAUCCCGCUGUUUAUGGGACACAAGGACGUCGUGGUGGAAGCCGUGACUGGAAGUGGGAAGACACUGUCUUUCCUGAUCCCGGUGGUGGAGAAGCUUCUAAGACUUGAAGAGCCGAUGAAGAAACACCAUGUUGGUGCCAUUAUUAUCUCUCCUACCCGAGAGCUUGCGUCACAAAUUUAUAAUGUUCUUGUUUCGUUGUUGGCAUUCCAUGGGCCUUCUUCCGCUGCGAUCAACCCUCCCGCAGAUGACAAUGGCCCUCGCCAGAAGUACCCUUCUUCGACCCUCAAAGUGGUACCGCAGCUCCUACUAGGGGGCUCCACCACGCCAGCAGAAGACUUGAGCACUUUCUUGAAACGAUCUCCGAAUGUUCUAGUGUCUACGCCCGGCCGGCUGUUGGAAUUACUGUCCUCGCCCCAUGUCCACUGUCCCCAGUCAUCGUUCGAAAUGUUGAUUCUCGACGAAGCGGAUCGGCUGCUGGAUCUUGGGUUCAAGGAGGACUUGCAAAACAUCUUGAAGCGGCUGCCAAAGCAGAGACGGACAGGACUGUUCAGCGCUAGUGUCAGUGAGGCUGUCGACCAGAUCGUGAGAGUCGGUCUGCGAAACCCUGUCAAGAUUGUGGUGAAAGUCAAAGGGGGCUCUGGUGCUGAAGAUAAACGAACACCAGCCAGCUUGCAGAUGACAUACCUCCUCACUCCUCCAACGCACAAGCUUCUUGCUAUCAAGAAAAUACUUUCCGUUGUCGAACCUACACCGCAAAAGUCGAUUGUCUUCGUAUCAACCUGCGCAGCUGUCGAUUAUCUAUCGUCUAUCCUGCCACACAUUCUUGGUGAUGACUUUCUUCUCAUCCCGCUGCAUGGUAAACACCCGGCAAACGUACGCCAAAAGAACUUCAACCGCUUCAUCAACUCCGCCUCUUCUAUUCUUCUAACCACAGAUGUUGCUUCUCGCGGCUUGGACAUUCCAUCUGUUGAUGUCGUUAUUCAGGUUGACCCUCCUUCAGACCCUAAAACUUUUAUCCACAGAUGUGGCCGUGCGGGCCGAGCAGGUCGCAGAGGUUUGAGCGUGGUCCUUCUCCAGCCCGGACGCGAGGAAGACUACAUUUCGUUUCUUGAAGUUCGUAAAACCCCGGUCACGCUCUUUGAAAAACCAGUAUCGAUAUCGGAAGAGGAAGCCGCAGCCGCAACGGAUCUCUCGCGCAAAGCCGUGCUUGCGGACCGUGCCCUCCACGACAAGGGCCAGAAGGCAUUCGUCAGCUGGCUUAGAAGCUACAGCAAACAUCAAGCUAGCAGUAUCUUCCGUGUGGCAGACCUUGACUGGGAAUCGCUUGGUAAGGGAUGGGGCCUGCUCAAGCUGCCCAAGAUGCCGGAGUUGAGGAACUUCACGGGCGAUCGCACCCUGGGUGUCAGCCUUGAGUGGGACAGUUUCGCAUACGCGGACAAACAACGCGAGAAGCGUCGAAAGGAGCAGCUCGAGGAAGCCGCCCAAGCCGAGCCCAAGGAACCCUCGGAAUCCUCUGCGAAGAGGAAACGACCCGAGAACGUGGCAUGGAGCAACAACCUCCAGAACAAGGAUAAGAAGGAGAAGCGACGAGAACAGAAACGCGUUCGUAAAGAGAAGGACCGAUGGGAGAAGAUGACGGAGGAAGAGAAGCAGGGCGUCCGCGAAACAGAAAAGAUGCUGGAGAAGGUCCGCAAGAAGAACGAGCGUGAGCGACAAGCUCGACUCGCGGAAGCGAAAAAUGACUCUACGGCGGAUGCCGAGGGUGAAGAGUUCGAGGGAUUCGAUGAUUGAAUCCCUCCCUAUAUAGCUUGAUACCUGUGUUUAUACCACAUUCUACUGUCUAGCAACAAGUAUCAUUGUAUACCACAGAGUUCUGUUCAUUUAAAAAAGAUAUAAUUG